CAGCUUUGGCGCGAGAAAAACUCGGCCAGGCAGGAGCGCAAGUCUUCUUUCAAGACCCUUUCGCAAAUCCCCGUUAAGACUGUAUACACUCCCGAAAACCUGGAAACAACCGACUACCUUGAAGACGUCGGACUGCCUGGGGAGUUUCCCUACCUAAGGGGUGUCCACGCCGGGGGCUACCGGGACCGCCUGUGGACCAUGCGGAUGUUUGCCGGUUUCGGCUUACCCCAGGAAACCAACCAGCGGUUCAGGUUUUUACUGGACAACGGCCAAACCGGCCUCAGCGUGGCCUUCGAUAUGCCCACCCUUUACGGCUAUGACACCGACGACCCCAGGGCCGCCGGCGAAUUCGGCAAAUGCGGGGUGGCCGUUUCUUCCCUGGCUGAUAUGGAAGCCCUGUUCGACGGAAUACCGCUGGGUCAGGUAACCACCUCAAUGACUAUAAACAGCCCCGCGGCCAUAAUUUGGGCCAUGUACAUAGCGGUGGCUGAAAAACAGGGAGUACCCCUGGAACAGAUCGGCGGGACUCUGCAGAACGACAUUCUGAAGGAGUACCUGGCCCAGAACGAGUACAUUUUCCCGCCUGAACCGUCCCUGCGCCUUGUGGUGGAUACCGUGGAAUUCGCCACCCGGUACAUGCCUCGCUGGAAUCCUAUCAGCAUCAGCGGCUACCAUAUCAGGGAGGCAGGGUCCAAUGCGGUGCAGGAAUUAGCUUUCACCCUCGCAGACGGUUUUGAAUACGUUCGUCGUUGCGUGGACCGCGGCAUAGCUGUUGAUGACUUCGCUCCCCGGUUAAGUUUCUUCUUUAACGCUCACAACGAUUUCUUCGAGGAAGUGGCCAAGUACCGGGCGGCUCGCAGGAUUUGGGCCCGAGAAAUGCGCGAUACCUUUGGCGCUCAGAAUCCCCGUUCUUGCUGGCUGCGGUUCCACGCCCAGACCUCGGGCGCUUCUCUAACUGCUCAGCAGCCCGAGAACAACGUGGUGCGGGUUGGGCUCCAGGCCCUGGCAGCAGUGAUGGGUGGCUGUCAGUCCUUGCAUACCAACGGAAAAGACGAAGCUUGGGCCCUGCCGUCCGAGCAGGCCGCCCUCCAAGCGCUGCGCACUCAGCAGAUAAUAGCCUACGAAACGGGCGUUACCGACACGGUUGACCCCCUGGGCGGGAGCUAUUAUCUGGAGUCGCUGACCAACGAAGUAGAGCAGGGCGCCUAUAAUUACUUCCGUAGAAUUGAAGACGUUGGCGGUGUGGUUCCAGCCCUGGAGUCCGGCUUCUUCCAAAGGGAAAUUGCCGACGCCGCCUACAUUUACCAGCGGGAGGAAGACCGGAAAGAGCGCAUUACUGUGGGUGUUAACGACUUUAUCACCGACGAAGAAAUGUCUAUCCCCCUGCUGAGGGUAGACCGGGAAGGAGAGUCCCGUCAGAUCGAAAACCUCAAUAAUGUCAGACGCACCCGGGACAACCGGGAAGUUGCCAGAAGACUAAAGGAAUUGGAGGCGGCUGCCAGAGGCGAGGAAAAUCUUAUGCCGCCACUGCUGGACGCGGUCAAGGCCUAUGCGACCCUCGGGGAAAUGAUGGGUGUAUUCAGGGAAGUCUUUGGAGAAUACCAGCCAGGAUGGGGUUUCUAG